AUGCUCCCUCGAAGAACAAAUCAGAAUCCACAAUCAAAUACCCGAAGCUUUUUGAACGUCUCGGAUGAUAAAGUUCACCUUAUUGAUCUGCCUGAAGAUUCUGAUAGCAAUCGUCGAUGUGGAUCUUCAUAUGGAUGGCUUGUGAUUCUGGAAGAAACCCCUUCAAUUUCAAUCGUAAACCCAUUAACCCAGGCCAGACACCACCUCCCACCAUUAUCAUCGUUUCCAAACGUAACAUCCUUCGAGCCAUCUGAAAUUGGGAAAGAAUACACUCUCAAAACAUCAGAAGGGGAAGUAUAUACAUGUAAUUCAAAAGAAAUGCGUGAUUCUUUCAUCAAAAAGGUGAUCUUUUCUUCAAGCCCUUCAAAUGAAAACACCGAUUACUAUGCGGUGGCAAUUCUAAAUCAAACCGGUGAUCUUGCAUUUUGCAAGAAAGGCGACAACUGUUGGAAAUUCAUAGACGAUGCAAAUUCUUUCUGUGAGGACGUUGUUUUUCACAAAGAGUGUUUCUACGCUGUGAGUAAACAUGGAACAGUUGCUAUAUGCGACAUUACUGGAUCAUCACCAAAUGUUUCCUUUAUCGAAACCCCAAGACAAGUUGGAGGUGAUAUGCAAUAUUUGGUGAUAUGGAAAGAUGAAUUAUUGUUGGUGACUCGAUAUAUGGAGGUUGAAUUUAACAUGGAUCAACAUAAAGUUGAUAUUGUGUAUAAAACUACCGACUUUCGAGUGUUUAAGUUGAUUUUAAAUGGGCCAAAAUGGGAGAGUCUGAGUGGAUUGGAUGGGUGUGCGUUGUUUUUGGGGGAGAAUUCUUCCAUGGCGUUUCGUGCUUCUGAUUUCCAUGGUUGUAAUGGGAAUUGUAUAUAUUUCACAGAUGAUUAUUCUGAGUGGAAUUAUGAUGGUGCUAAUGGGGAUCAUGAUUUGGUUGUCCAAUGGACGUCGAUGGCCUCCUCCAAUUUGGAUUACUCCAAGUCUACAUUAAUCACCAAGUGUGAUUGGUUUAACGAGGAAAGUGACAAGACAAAUGUUGGUGAACAUUUUUCUAAGCUUGGUUGGCUUUUUCCUUUGCAAAUCCGAAAUCAACAAUACAUACAAAGGGAAAUCAGUCUCUUUGUGCGACUGCUGCUGCAAGCGACCAAUCACAGUUUGAAAAGCCCACUUGCGAUCGAGGUAGGGCUAUCGAGAUUUGGAAGAAUCGGUCGUCUAGUUGCUAGAGUUGCUCUUCAGAGAGAUGAUGUUGAGCUUGUUGCUGUUAACGAUCCUUUCAUCUCCACUGAUUACAUGACAUACAUGUUCAAGUACGACAGUGUUCAUGGUCAAUGGAAGCACAAUGAACUUAAGAUUGACCGAGUUAAUACGGAUGGGCUAAUUAUUAUAAGGAUGAAUGAUGAAUGCACAUGGACAACAACUUGAAAGGAGCUGACAUUUAUUUAUAUUAAGACAUUGUAGUUUUUCAUUUGUGAUUACAAUUGUAUUCAUAUAUGAUUGCAAAUGUGUUUUGUUGAUGUUUCAUCUCUAAUUUGUGUUCUAGUCAUUUAAGAUUACAAAUGUAUUGAUUUUUUAUAAUGCUAUUUUAUUCAAUUAGGAUGAUAUUUGUAUUCAUUAAAAAACUAUAAUAUCUUAUAUUUAUGAAUGAAAAUGUGC